AUGUCAGCUCCAAGCACAUUUGGAGAGCUGGGUCUCUCCAUCAUCGGCAUCGGCGCCGAAUAUCCACCAUAUUCACUAGAUUAUACUUGCCUCAAUACCCUUAGUGACAAGUUCUAUCCCGAUACACCUUCUAUGCAAAAGGUCCUCGGAAUCAACAGAUAUACCGGAAUUGACACACGCUCGUCCAUUGGAACACCCGACCACCCAGUUGUUAACAAGAAAGAUGCGCCCUCAAUAGCAGAGCUCCACUCCCUGUUCCUCUCCGACGGUGUUCCUCUCGCGAUUCGAGCCGCUCGAAAGGCUAUUGACGAGGCCAAGAUUGACACAAGAUUCAUUACCCACAUAGUCGCCACAACAUGUACAGACAGCGCAAACCCGGGCUUCGACCACUUUGUCGCAAAAGGUCUCGGUAUAUCGCAUGGUGUAGAGAAAGUCUUGCUUCACGGUGUUGGUUGCAGCGGCGGACUAGCAACUCUCCGAACAGGCGCGAACCUAGCUCUUGGUCAUAAAGCACGCGGUCUGCCCGCGCGCGUCCUAUGUGUGGCACUUGAGGUUAGCACCACUAUGGUACGUAGUGAGCUAGAUAGCAUCAACGAGCUACAGCAGACAAGAAUAGGCGCAUGCCUGUUUUCGGACUGCGGUAGUGCCGCUGUGCUAAGCAACGGUAUCGGUGAACCUUCUGAACCAGUAUAUGACCUCCUCGGCUGGGACCACAGGACCAUACCAGAUACUGAGGAUGACUUGGGGUUUGAUGUUGACCCAGUCGGCUGGAAGGUUGUUCUCACACCUCGUGUCCCCAAGCUCACUGCUGCCUCAAUUGGCCCAGCUUUCAACGACCUCAAGGCAUCUCUGCCCCAACUCCCUCCAGACUAUCAGAAAGCAGCCGACUUCGACUGGGCGAUGCACCCUGGCGGCGCUACCAUCCUUUCAGGCGCUGAGAGGGCCAUGGAUAUCACACCAGAACACCAAAGGGCAAGUUAUGACACAUACAUCAAUCAUGGCAACUCAAGUUCGGCUACCAUCUUCAGUGUCAUGGAUCGCCUACGUUCGAGAGAUAUGGAUGCCAUGGCGCCUGACGGACGAGUCCGUGACUAUGUCGUUGGUUGUGCUUUCGGUCCUGGUAUCACAGUUGAAAUGUGCAUGUUGAAGCGGAACACGUCUUAUGGUGCGGGCCUGCCUGGCCUACAGACUCCACCAGAGACACCGGCCGAAACGGAGACUGAGCCGAGUGAAAUCGGGGACGGAGAUGGUGAGUGGGGCCGUGAGUCCAGCGGAGAUCCGGCCGAGUCGCCAGAUCAGUAUGCGUUGUUUGUGGCCGAAUCGUUGGAGCAUCUAGAUCUAGAUUAG